AUGGCGUUUGAGUUUCAAGAAAAACAACUUGCUUUUGAGCAUCCUGCUCUUAAGAACCAUACAAUUCAGAUGAAGCCAACUUCUAUCCCUGAGUUUGUGAAAAAAGAUGAAAGUUCAAACCAUGCUCGUCCAUAUGUAGGACUCAAAGGUGGAGGACGUCCAGUUGGAUCAGUUCCUGUUCGAAGGCUUCAAAUUGAAGACAUUUUAAGAUCCCCUUCAUCAGUUAAAUCUUUUGGAAGGAAAAAUUCUUUUAUCGUAUCAGAACAUCAUGAUGCAAAGACAAAGAAUUGGUGGAUAUACUAUUCGAAAGAACCUGUAGGUUAUUGGCCAAGCAGUUUGUACAAAGGUUUAGGAAGCGGUGCAGCAAAUGCGGUUAACUGGGGAGGUGAAGCUUUGAGCCCAAACACCAAAGGACAAUGGCCUCCAAUGGGUAGCAGUCAUUUCCCCCUUGCAAAUGGAGAUAACAUUGGUAAAAGUUGUUUCAUUUCGAACAUCCAAAUUUCCAAGAAAGACUCCUCCUGGGAUAAUUAUCCUCUUAAUGCUAAGGUGUAUCAAGAUGCACCUCAUUGUUCUAUUCUGGAGGGAAGGCAUAUAUCAAAAGAAGACUACUUGGAGGCAAAACGGUUAAUGAAGCGUUCCCGUCGUUCUAGCAUUAAGAGCAUUCAUCUUGAGGAUGGAGAUAUCUAUGAUUGUGUGCCCAUAGAAAAACAACUUGCUUUUGAACAUCCUGCUCUUAAGAACCAUACAAUUCAGUUGAAGCCAACUUCUAUCCCAGAGUUUGUGAAGAAUGAUAAAAGUUCAAACCAUACUCGUCCAUAUAUAGGACUCAAAGAUGGAGGAUGUCCAAUUGGAUUAGUUCCUGUUCGAAGGCUUCAAAUUGAAGAAAUAUUAAGUUCCCCUUCACUAAAAUCUUUUGGAAGGAAAGAUUCAGCUAUCCCAUCAGAACAUCGUUGGGCUGUGGUGAGAGCAUCUGGAGAUUUUUAUGGAACCAGUGGAGUCUUUAAUGUGUGGAAUCCGAUUGUCAAGGCUGCUAACGAAUUUAGCCUUUCUCAGUUAUGGGUUAUCAAUGGAGGGGUUGAGACCAUUGAAGCAGGAUGGCAUGUUUAUCCACAAUUGUUUGGUGGUGACAAUAGAACUAGGUUUUUUGUUUAUUGGACGAGCGAUACUUAUAAAAGUACUGGGUGCUAUAAUCUUAUUUGCCCUGGUUUUGUGCAAGACGCAAAGACAAGCAAUUGGUGGAUAUACUAUCAGGAUGAAGCUGUAGGUUAUUGGCCUAGCAGUCUGUACAAAGGUUUAGGGAGCGGUGGAGCAACUAGGGUUGACUGGGGAGGUGAAGUUGCGAACCCAAAUACCAAUGUGGAGUGGCCUCCAAUGGGUAGUGGUAAUUUCCCUGAUAAAAAUGGAGCAAACUAUGCUAACAGUUGUUACAUUUCGAACCUCUCGAUUUUCCAGAAAGACUCCACUUGGGAUGAGUAUCCUCUUAGUCCUGAAUUAUUUAUAAGUAAAUCUGAGUGCUAUAACAUAGUUGAUUACGGAUGGAUUGAUACUCAACGUAGAAGAGUUAUCUCAUAUGGUGGACCUGGUGGUUCAUGUUAA